GUUCACUGCCUUCGUUCACCAACCUUACCCUCACUCCACUGAACAAACAAACACCUCCCACACAAACUUUCAAACAAGUCAACAUGCGUGCCUCAACCAUCCUCUCAGUCCCCUUCCUGGCUGCCGCCGCCAUGGCCGCAGACUCCUCUAGCGCCUCUGUCGUCUCCAACGACAACCCCAACACCUCCCUCCUCUCCAUCACCGGCUCCGGCGGCGUCGUCACCGGCCAAUGGAGCGUUGUGACCUCCCAACCCACCGUCGUCACCACCCAGCCGGCUGUCAUCACCUCCCAACCCGCCGUCGCGACACUCCCCGCUCUCGCAUCCGGCUUCAACACUGUCGUGCAAGGCCAGGGCACCAACUCGACCACCACCAUCGUUGUCAGCGUCGGCAACGCGACCACUAGCAUACUGACGCCUAAGGCGAGCAGCAGCUCCCAGGUGUUGACGGAUAGCAAGGGCCACACCACUGCCACACCCACGGGCAACAAGGCAACUGGAACUGGCGCGAGCGGUACUGGCUCGGCGACGAGCACCGGUGCUGCAGCGACGAUGCAGGCACUGACCGGUGCCGUUGUUGGUGUCGGUGCCUUCAUGGCUGCGUUCCUAUAAGCGUGUCUCUAUGUCCCCACUGUUCCCUUCCCACAAAAAGCUCUGAGUGAGCGUUGCAUUCUGGAGGAAGGGCGUGCGUCUUCACUGUCUUGAUAAGCGUUGCAUCAUCUGCGAGUUUCGGAGCUCUGGUCAGGUCGGGUCAUACCAUCGGUCGGUCUGGGCGGGUAUUAGGGUCCUGCAUUGGAUAUGCGGGUGUAAUGGUAAUUUGCUCGGUGUGAGCUGGGCUGGCUAUCAGUACGAAGCCAAAGUACUGGAAAUGGUAUAUAGCAUCCGCCGCACUGGCGAGAAAUCAAAAACAAUGGAUACAAUCAAACAACAGA